GCCAGUGAACGGUCGCACACCACCGGCCGCUUGGUGGGGAUUUUCAACCCGAAACGAUCGCUUUUCCGACCACGACGGACGGUUCGUGCUCGUGGUGCUGCUGACGAUCGAGAGCCCCCUUCUAUGGUGCCCGGCGUAUAUAUACCGGUGGUUGGGCCGUUUUCAAAUCAGUACCUACUUCGGUCUCGCUUGUUCUAUACACUUUUUGCUCACAAUGCGAAUGAUUAUUGUUCCUUGUUGUCUUGCCCUUAUGGUGGCACUAGUCACAUGCGAGGGUACUGCUGCAGAGGACACGAAGGCGGAGGAAACCCAAGUAGAGGCGAAGGAAUCGCAGAAUGUUGAGAAGCGCGGACUGCACUCCUCCUUUGGCGAUUUCGGCCAUGACUUCGGUGGACACGAUGAACAUCACCACCACGAACACAUCAAGACGGUCACGAUCGAGAAGAAGGUCCCAGUGCCGUACACCGUCGAGAAGCACGUCCCGUACACGGUAGAGAAGAAGGUACCGUACGAGGUGAAGGUCCCGAUCCCGCAGCCCUACAUCGUCGAGAAGAAGGUCCCGGUCCACUACAAGGAAGUGGUGAAAUACCCAGUCCAUGUGCCGGCCCCGUACACCGUCGAGAAGAAGGUGCCGUACGAGGUGAAGUAUCCCGUCGACAAGCCGUACGAGGUGAAGGUGCACGUUCCCCAGCCCUACACCGUCGAGAAGAAGGUGCCGUACGAGGUGAAGGUCCACGUCCCGGUUCCGUACACCGUCGAGAAGAAGGUGCCGUACGAGGUGAAGGUUGAGGUGCCCGUCCCGAAACCGUACACCGUCAUCAAGAAGGUCCCGUACGAGGUGAAGGUCCCGGUCGACAAGCCGUACAAGGUGGAGGUCCCGAAACCGUACCCAGUGGAAGUCCCGAAACCGUACCCGGUCGUCGUCGAGAAGAAGGUUCCGUACGAGGUGAAGGUCCCGGUCGACAAGCCGUACAAGGUGGAGGUCCCAAAACCGUACAAGGUGGAAGUUAAGGUACCGUACCCAGCGCCCUACACCGUCGAAAAGAAGGUGCCGUACACGGUGGAGAAGCCUGUCCCGUAUGAGGUGAAGGUACCGAUCGAUAAGCCGUACCCAGUGUACAAGGAGGUGAAGGUUCCGAUCGAGAAGGAGGUCCCGUACCCCGUGAAGGUCCCAUACCACGUACCAGUCCAUGUUCACAAAGAAGAACACCAUGAUCAUUCGUAUGAACAUCACGAUCUGCACUAAAUGCGCUAUUCUACCCUUCCCGACCAAUUCUAGCGUGGGGCCGAGGUUUCCCGUUUGGUCAACUUGUUGUCUAGUUAGUUGUUGAUCGUUCACCGACGACCCGUACGGUCAGGUGAACGCGUUUGCAAAGUAAUGGUUCCUGUCGUACUUAACACGUCAAAAAACCCCCGUUCUCCGAUUCUCAUAUAGAAGCCUUUUUGACGCCUCAUAAUACCUAAGACCGAGACAUGUACAUGUAGAGAUGUUAAUUUCAUGACGUUUUCAUCCAUCCAUCCAUCCACCACCACCACCACACCCCCCUCACGCUCCUGGACGUUGUGGAGUUGUGGUGAGGGCGUUUACUAGCCGCCUGAGUAGAGCAGCAAGGUAGCCGUCACCCGGCAACGCCACACCGUCCUCAUUUACGUUUUACGUUUAACGAUCGACCAACCGUGCGAGCUUGGCGGUGGGUGGACCUCGGUGAUCCUCGCCCAAAGGUGGUACCAACAGCGCUGAUGAUCCCAGCAAACGGUUCUGAGGAUAAAUCUCGCGGUCCAUCGGGUCGAGGUGUUCUGUGUGUCCGCAUGCUCCCAGGCGCUCGCAUCGUUGUUUAGUUUUGCAUCGUAAUGUUUCCUGUUUACCAAAGGCAUGAUUUUUUUGUUUUUGUUUGAUUGAUAGUUGUUUUUUUUGCAAAGUUUUGCUGCCACAGAGCAGUGAAAGGAAAAAACUAGUGGAUUUGUUUUGUUUGUUUUUUUUUCGAUAAGCUACAAGCUUUUUUUUUGUUUUCGUUUGUAAACGUGCGCUGCGAAUGCGUGUCAAGUCCAACUUCUAAAAGCUAAUAAUCCAAAACCCAAGGGAAGAUCGAACGAAAGCCAGCAGACUGCAGCUGAGAGAUAAAGUUAUAUAGACCAGGAGCAAAAACACACCAACUCAAGCGAAACCGAGUGUUAUCGAUCGAUGUGAUAUGUUUGAAAUAAAAACAAAAUGUUGAAAAAGAAA